GUCUGCAUGCAUUCAUUCAUAACACCGCUCUAUAUUUUACUGGUCAGCAUUCCGUAGGGUUCAGGGAUUUUUUAUGCUAAUAGGCACAAUGUUUGCAGAAUACUCGCUUGUUUGUUUGUUUGUGCUUUAAUUGAAGCCCAACAGAGCCCUGGCACUAAUUGCAGAGUUACCCACAAUGCACUGCGACGGUGGUUGGUGCUUUAGCUGAACGGAGCUGGAAAACAACAACAGCGUGAUCUGAGCUGAACAACAGCGCCGAAGCUGCCUUCUUUCUCUUACUUUUCCCCCCGCUUUUUCAACAUUUAAACGUGCACAGUGACCAUUUCGGAAGCGAUGGCCGUCUGACGGUCCGGUGUGGAUUAUACGGUUGAUUAUUCCUUGCCGUUGUUUUUUUUCUCCACAUAUUUGGCUGGGAUUAAAGUGUUUUAGGUUUCCCUAUGUUCGAGCGUCUUCCGGCGGCGGCGGUGGCGGCAUCAGCGGUGCCAUGAAUAGUGGACUCCCGGUCUCGGCUGCUCCGCUCGGCGGUGUCGGAAUACCGGGCGUCAAAGUGAAAUUCUGCCGCUAUUACGCGAAAGACAAGACUUGUUUUUAUGGCGACGAUUGCCAGUUCUUGCAUGAGGAUCCGUCCGCGGCGAAUGCUGUGCACGGCGGAGGAGGAGGAAGCGGCGGAAGCCCGGUGACUUUAGCCCUCGCCGGCGGGGCAGUGAGCACCGCGGCGGCGGCGGUAGCAGGGUACCAGCUCGCUGGGAACGCAGUGGCGACGUGUCCGAGCGGAACUCCGGCGGGUGUCGGGAAAAAGAGUGAUGCCCUCGGGCCUGCAGGAGCGGCUCUGGACGGCCAGUUGUUGAGCAUCACAGGGAUGGACGCUGGGGCACUCAGUGACGCAAAUCUGACCAACUCCUAUUUCAGCAGCAGCUUUAUCGGAGUCAAUGGGUUUGGAAGCCCGGCAGAGUCCAAAUACUCAAUGAUGCAGAGGAUGACCAGCAGCAGCAGCUCCCCAAGUCUCCUUAAUGACGGUGCCAAGAAUUUCAGCCACAGCGCUCAUGAUCCUGUAAGUUCCCCCACUUCCUCCCUGUUUAGCGACUUUGGUGCUUUGAGCAUAACACAGAGGAGAAAGGCUCCUAACCCCGCUGCCACAGAGUUCAUCCCUAAAGGAGCACCGCGCAUGUCCACCAUGUCUCAGGCGGCUGUACCGACGUUCCCCUCGCCGCUGUUCUCCCAUCCCGGUCUGAGCGGCUCAGCUGCGGCGGGACUUGCGCCUGGUAUGUCUUUGUCUGCCGGCUCGUCUCCUCUCCACUCGCCCAAAAUCACUCCCCACACCUCACCCGCCCCCCGGCGCCGUAGCCACACCCCUAACCCCAACCCAGCCAAUUACAUGGUGCCCACCACGGCGUCGGACCCAGGAGCCGCCGCCCACAUCAUCCAAAAGGAGACCGUAGGUGGAACCACCUACUUUUACACCGAUAACACCCCCGCUCCCAUGGCUGGAAUGGUGUUUCCAACGUACCAUAUCUACCCACAAACUGCGCCUCACGUGGCGUACAUGCAGCCCAAAGCCAACGCUCCGUCCUUCUUCAUGGCUGACGAGCUCAGACAGGAGUUGAUCAACAGGCAUUUGAUAACGAUGGCCCAAAUCGAUCAGUCUGAAAACCCAGGAGUCCCAUCUGAGGUGGACAGCUACCAUAGCCUCUUUCCGCUGGAGCCUCUUCUGCCCCCCAACCGCCUCCAGAAAACCAGCAACUUCAGUUACAUCACUUCCUGUUACAAGGCAGUCAACAGCAAAGAUGACCUGCCUUACUGUCUCAGGAGGAUACACGGCUUCAGGCUGGUGAACACCAAGUGCAUGGUGCUGGUCGACAUGUGGAAGAAGAUCCAGCAUUCCAACGCCGUCACUCUCCGUGAAGUCUUCACCACCAAGGCUUUUGGAGAUCACUCGUUGGUGUUCUCGUACGACUUCCACGCCGGGGCCGAGACCAUGUACAGCAGGCACUUCAACGACCCGACGGCUGACUCUUACUUCACCAAGAGGAAGUGGGGUCCUCAUGAGCCUCCUCCUCCUCGGCAGCAUGCGGGUCUGCUGCCCGAGUCUCUGAUCUGGGCCUAUAUCGUGCAGCUGAGCUCAGCCCUGCGCACCAUCCACACCGCCGGCCUGGCCUGCAGGGUCAUGGACCCCAGCAAGAUCCUCAUCACUGGAAAGACUCGGUUACGGGUGAACUGUGUAGGAGUGUUUGAUGUCUUAACAUUUGACAAUAGUCAGACCAACCACUUGGCCCUCAUGCCCCAGUACCAGCAAGCAGAUCUGAUCUCUCUGGGGAAGGUGGUGUUGGCACUGGCCUGCAACUCUCUGGCUGGCAUUCAGAGAGAGAACCUGCAGAAAGCCAUGGAGCUCGUGUCCAUCAACUACUCAUCCGACCUCAAGAACCUCAUCCUGUACCUGCUUACGGAGCAGAGUCGCCUGCGCAGCGUCAACGACAUCAUGCCCAUGAUCGGAGCCAGGUUUUACACCCAACUGGACGCCUCUCAGAUGAGGAACGACGUCAUCGAGGAAGAUCUGGCCAAGGAGGUGCAGAACGGCCGCUUGUUCCGCCUUCUGGCCAAACUGGGAACCAUCAACGAGAGACCAGAAUUCCAGAAGGAUCCGACGUGGUCAGAGACGGGGGAUCGCUACCUGCUGAAGCUCUUCAGAGAUCACCUGUUCCACCAGGUGACUGAAGCAGGCACGCCCUGGGUCGACCUGAGCCACAUCGUGUCUUGUCUUAAUAAACUGGAUGCCGGAGUUCCCGAGAAGAUCAGCCUGGUGUCGCGGGACGAGAAGAGCGUUCUGGUGGUGACCUACUCCGACCUAAAGCGCUGCUUUGACAGCACCUUCCAGGAACUGCUGGCUGCCUCCAACGGCUCGCUGUAGCGCCCCUCACAGGCAUGGGGUGGGACUGCCUGAAUCGGAGCACAUUGCACUACAGUGAACAAAGACGGGCGCAGCUCGAAAACGAUCUUAAACCGCCGGAACGGAGCCAGCUGGUUGCUCACCUCCAGUCAGAUACACUGUCCUAAAAGGAAGUUGUACUUUUUUUGUUUGUUUGUUUAUUUUUUCCUAAAGUGUAUUUUUUUAAGUUUUCCUAAACUCACAGCUGCUGAAUUCUGAACAUGUUUGAAGGCUGUGAUGAAUUUUUUUAGACUUCGGGGAACAACAUCAUUGUCGAUAAGAAAAAACAUUUAAGGACAAAUUUCCUGCUUUUAUUUUUCUUAGUUUUUAUUUUAUUUUUUUUCCAUUGGAGGAUGCACUAAGAAUUUUAAGUUUUUCUUUUAAAAACAAAACAAAACACAAAAAAAAUCAUGUGAGUUGUGUCCAGAGGGGGAUGAGGGUGAUGCGUGAAAAGGACGAGGACAAGGACAAGGUUUCCGGGGGGAGGGGAAGAAAAGCGAUCUCCUCUUUAGGCACUGCGAGUCGGGACAGACCACUUGUGCAGAAACCAGACCACUUUUUUGCCUCCAAUGUCAUUUAGGUAGGACGUACCAUUGUGCUUGUAAGAGAGGGGUGGGGCGGCCAAAUCGCUACUGACCACUGUUUGAAUGUGUGGUAUGGUAUGGUGUGUGUGUGUGUGUGUGUGUGGUAUGGUAUGGUAUGUUCCCGGUGACCCCCUCCACCGCCACACCCUCGCCAGCCAUUGAGAAGGUCGCUGCAUUACUGCCUGGGGUCUCGCGCUCUGUCCAUGUAACUUUAAUGGCACUGACAAAGGGGUACUUUCUCCCGUUGCUGUGUAAGACUUCAUCAGACUUUUAUGCAACCUCCAUUCAUUUUUAUUUUUUUUUCCUAUUAUUAUUUUCUUGGAUGCUUUUUGCCAUGUGAUAUGAAUCAAGAAUUGUGAGAAUGGAUUUUUUUUUUUCGUUUGUUUGUUUGUCUUUUUUUCAAUCAGGCUUUUUAGGUCUGGAAAGGAACCAAAGAACUGGACCACGUUUAGGAAGGGAACCAGUUCUGCCUCUGUGGAAUGUCCUCUCCCUCUGCCCCCUUUUUGUGGAGCAACCAUUUAGAUCACGCUCACCUCUCUCUUUCUUUCUUUCUUUCUUUCUUUCUUUCUUUCUUCCCCCCUUCUAACCCCACCCUGUUUUUUUUUUUGUUUUUUUUAAAGCCAUCAUGGUCUUGAGGCUGAUGGUCAUAUUUUUCGUACUGUAUCAAUAGCUCUUAAGUGAUGGUUCUUUUUUUCCUUUUCUUUUUCACACCCAGCUCUUGUGCAGUGUUGCAUGAUGGGAUAUUAGGGAACUCUCACUCUGACCCGUCCAACUAAGCCCACUGGGAAGAGGAUGGUGGUCAGUGUGAAAGUUGUGUUUGAACACAUUUCUCACCUGAAAGAUCUCGUAAUGGCAACAUGCCGGAAAAGCAGAAAAUCCAUCGGGCAAAACAGCAGGUAACAGCAGGUGGGGGUGUGUGGUGGUUUUUGUUUGUUUGUUUUGGGGGGGGGGUGUGCAGUGAGGGCAGGAGGUUUGGGCUUUGUGUGUAGAGGUGGUUGUUUUUGCACUCGGAGCGGUUUUCGGCAUUCUCUCAGGACGACUCGACACAAUUGAAGCCAAUGAUUGAAUGUGUUUUGACCCGUCAUUGGUGCCCCCUCUUUCCAAUCAUGAGUCGAGCUACAGUGGAAACGUGACGUGAGCAGGUCUGGCUGAGCCACACUGAACAUGGAGAAGGUUAGGAUGGAGCAUGUUAUACUGAGCUGAUGUGAGGAUGCUGUGAUUCCGGUUAUACUUUUCAGUUGUUUUGUUUUAUUUUAUUUUUUUUCGUUUUUGUGAUGGUCAAAACAGCAGUGAAUCUGGUGCCAAGCCUCUUAUUAUUCUUCUUUUAAAAUCCAAAAUACACAAACGAGUCCUUCCAGCGAAUCCCAGCCAACACACAGCUAAUUCUCAUAUCAUGAGUAUCAUGACCCUAUUCCCCCAAGGAUCACACUCCAGUAAAAUGUGUGCUAACCCUUACACACACACACACACACACACACACACACGCACACACAUGAAAUAUCUUAGUACUUUUAAUGCCCUAUUGUGUUUCAUUGUCUCACAUUUUGCAAUAUUUGUGUGUACAACAGUAUUUUAAUAAAGAAUACAAAACUUUACAAAGAGAUCCAGUGUAUUUUUGUUUGUCAUAAGAGACUCUUAACACCAUGAUUUUUAAUAGCUUGGAUUUUAUCUAGUAAGGGUUUAACGGAGUUAAAGCAUCAGUACGUUACACCAAGGGUGUUAACACACACACACACUUAAUUGAUAUUAGACCGAUACAAAUAUACAACAAUAAAUGAAGAUUUUUUUAAGGAGCCUAUAGCAAGUAAAUCAGUGGUAAUUUCUAAUGUAUAUGCAUAGUGUAUUGCAAGUAUUCACUCCCCUUUAACUUUCCUUCACGUUUUGUAGCUUGGAACUGAAUCAGAUUUUGUCCAGAUUAUAGAAACCUUACACACACAUCACCCUGAGCUCAGAGCAUGGUGGUGGUGGCAGCAUCACUUGCCCUAUAGGCUUUAUUAGGAAUGAUUUCUGAGGAUUUCAGGAAACAGCUGCACUUGUAUUGAGAUCAGAUGAUUUGGGCUGUGUCUCAAUCUGCUCUGAUUAGGGAGUAGGCCAUUUUAUGGGGCAAAAGCCUUCCAUUCCCUACAAAUAAAGGAAGAUCAGUUUGGGAGCAUUGAUGCACACUAUGAUCCCUUAGUGAAAAUGGUGUGUAAAAAAAAAACAAGAAUCAAGGGGAAGAUGUACAAGACGGUGGUGUGACCGGCCAUGCUGUAUGGUUUAGAGGCAGUGACACUGAGGAAGAGACAGGAGGCAGAGCUGAAGAUGUUGAGGAGUGACAUGGUCUUUGGGAGUGACACGGUUGGACAGGAUUAGGAACGAGUACAUCAGAGGGACGAAGUUAGGGAGGCCAGAUUAAGAUGGUUUGGAUAUGUUCAGAGGAGGGAGAGUGAGUAUACUGGUAGGAGAAUGUUGGAAAUGGAGCUGCCAGGCAAAGAGCGGCAAAGAGGCAAAGAGGAGGUAUAUGGAUGGAAUAAAUGAGGAUAUGAAGCUAGUGGGUGCAAGUGUUAAGGAUGCAGAACAUAGGGAUAGGUGGAGAGAGACGAUUCGCUGUGGAGACCCCUGAAGGGAAAAGGCGAAAGAAGAAGAAGAUAGUGCCUGAAUGUGGGUACAUUAUAUACUGAUUUACAAACUAGGGAUCUGAUUGAGACACACCCUCUAUUUAACAUAACGUGACCUCUCGAUUGUUUGGGUUUUUAUUUGUAAAAUAGGAAAAGUUGCAGUGGGGGUGAAUACUUAUGUACAUCGAAUGUCUAUAUAUAUGUAUAUAUAUAUAAAAAAUCAACAUAAAUAUAUACUGUUUUAAAUGCAUGGCUAAGUGAGAACGAGUGUAAAUAAAUAAACAUGUAGUAGACGUCCAGCAUU